UGUUGGUUUGCACUCUGCAGAGUGUGACCCCACCCCUGGUAAAUACAGGGUUGGAGGUUUCCUCCAUGGAUAAAAAUACACUCGCCUCUCAGCCCAGUGAGGAGUAGAAGCCAGAAUUCCUCCGCUGAGCCUCUUGUACGUAAAGGAGCGCAAGACGGCCAUGUUUGCAAAGUUGUACAGCGAGUUAAGAGAGAAUAUGUGAAGGAGGAUACAAAUGCAGAAGGCUACUUCCUGGUUUGGUCUUUUGUCCAUCUUGAGCUGCCAUACCUCGUAUUUUAUGACAUCAUGAAACUGACAAGCCUAGGGCAACGUUUCCACCAGCACGGCGGCUAAAGUUACACGUUAGCACUCAAACUCCAACCUCAUCCACAGGUUUCCGGUAACCGGAAAUCUUGGGGACUUCCUGAUUUGAGCUGGAAACACAGGCUAAAGUCUUUAGCAUGGCUUCCAGAACUCCAUGUCGGUGGGUAUCUUCCGACAGGUGCUUUGUUUUAUACCCGGAAACUUAAGCUUAAUACGAUCUUGAUAUACGAAUAAUUUAGUUUUCCGCAUCAGAGCUGGAUUUUAAAUGUCUUCUCUUUUAAGGGACAGGCCUGAUUUGGAAACUUGAAGAGUCUUGAGUCAGGACCCACCACAGAAGUUCAUCAUGCUGGAGGAUUGCGUUCUGUCGUGCUAAAUAUCGAGAUUAACGACUCAAACUCAAAAUGAGCCAAGAGGAACAAUGUGAAGGAACGGGCCUGAGGAAAGUAUACGACAUACUCGUCAGUGUUCCACCGGAGCAAGUGCUGAGCCUGACAUUCUACCUCGGUGAUUCUCCUGAAGAUAAUAUCAUACACGCCUUGUGUCUGAUGAUUCUUCGUAAAGAGGAGAAAGCCUUGAACCAACUCCAGAUGCUGGGAGACAACUCUCUCGCUAAGCUCCUGUCUGAAAUAUGGCGUAAGAGUGGCUGUAAAUUAGAAAACUUUGCGGAGCAAUGUGGUCAAACUCUGGAUUUAACAGGAGAAUCUCUGGCGGCGUUGGCUCGUGUUUUUAAAAUUCUAUCGGAGCACCAACUGUGCGAUCAGCUUUUAAGGAAUCUGGCGUACAAGAGGGCCCUCUCCAGCAACAGUCUAAGAACAGACAGUCGUGAGGAUCUGUUAUACAAUCAACUCAAGGAGGAAGCUAAAGAUGUGUGUGGGCCUCAGCUCGCCGUGUGGAUGUGUUCCUCCGGGGACCUCAAAUCAGACUCUUACAAUCUUGCCCCUAACAGCCAGUUCGGAGGCGUUACGACACACGUUCAAAGUCUUCCCAGCACGCUGCAGUCAAGCUGUUCUGAGCCAUCAUAUCCCUCACAUCUGGAGAUCAGCCUGCCUCCAACAAUCCCAUACGAGGGGGAUCAAGUAACCCCAGAAAACCCAGAACAAAAACCUAUUGACAGCCUAAAUGACGGUAAUCCUCCCGAGCAAUCUCACCUUUCAUCUGUGGAAUCUACUGAAGCUCCUGGACUGGAAAAGGCAAAGAUGGCUGCGGCAUCUGGAACAGAGCAUCAGGAUGGCGGCUUCAACGUGAAACCACCUUGUGAACCAAGCACCACAUCAACCACGGGAUCAAAACCUUCUCUGCCGUUUCCACCAAACCACGUUCUACCCAAAAGAACAGUCUCACUCGGAGCACAUUUAAAUGAAUACGUAGAAGAAGAGGAUGAGGUCAUAUUUUAUUCAUUCGUCAUCCUGCAUGCUCCAGAAGAUGGUGAAGUGGCAGGGAGCAUUAAGGAAAAAGUGGAGAGCAUUGUCGGUACUAAGGGCGCAACUUUCUCGGAGGACUUUGCCUUACCUGGUAAAAGCACCCUAAGGUGCAUCGAGGACGCUAUCAACAACUCCGCUUUUACUAUUCUGCUGCUCACCCAGAACUUCAACACACGUAUGUUGGAGGUGAAGACAAACUCGGCCCUCAUCAAUUCCAUUACCAACCAACACAAGAACAACACUGUCAUACCUUUGCUGCCAAAGGACAACUGCAUGCCCAGACAGCGCAUACCCUUAGUGCUGCAGACCUUUGUUCCACUCGAGGAGAACAAAAGCUUUGAGAGCAAAAUAAAAAAGGUUCUAUCGCCAGCAAAAAUUCUUCGGCAGAGAAGCAUUUGGUUGGAAGAGCAGAGAAAACAUCAAAGGCAGCUGCCCCUAGGGUAUGAAGAAGCACAUAUGCUGGAAAAUCUCAACUUCCUGGGCUCCAGUGAGGCUUCGCUUUUGCAGAAGCAUCCAAACAUCCGUAUUGAAAAUGCUAGCUAUGUUAUGAUCGGCGAUAAUUGUCACAUGACUGUGGAUCAUUGUGAUCUAGAAGAUCCAAUUGUCAGAGAAAAAAGGAAAUAAAUAGGCUAUGGCAUAAUCGGGAUUAAAAAUGUAUAAAGAUUGUCUGGUUUUAAACACUAAAUGGUUUUAAAAUCUCCUAGGAAUUAAUAUCAUCCCGUCAAUCAUUGCGUUUCUAUCUUUUUAUAUAUGUAAAAAAAAAAUCAAUAAAACUGUCUGGGAAUUUGAGUCAAAUGAAUUGUUACUGAAUACAAGACGACUGGGUGAAUGUUUAGCCAAAGAGCACCACCUACUGGAAAAAAUGUCAUUCACAUGUCUGUCUUUUAGACUUUUUAGAAGUGGUUAAUGGCUGCAGCACAGUUCUGAGGUUAGAGGUUCACCUUUUCUGCAUAGAUUUUGCAUUUUCUUCCCGGACUUGAAUGGCUUUUAUCCGGGUAAUUAUUAUUUUUGCUUUUUCUGGUCGAUGUUUCGUGCGAUACACAUAUCACCAAAAGUAAUUCUGCUGACCCACAUUUCAAAAGUAAUUUCUAUUUUCAUUGGUUAUAACCCCAAAAAGUGUUUUCAAUGCAGAGGAGGAAAAUUAGUGUUCUGCGUUCUUUGCAAUCGCAUUUUAAAUGCUUUUUUUUUUUUUUUUUUGCAUUGCACAGGUGGCUGUUUUUUCCCUUGAGUAUUCUUGAAUAUCAUCAGCGGCGCUUUCUGUUCUAUUAUGAACUGAAACUGAACGUUGAUCAAAAACACCUUUUUACUUGUUCUCAAAAUUCCAUCGUGUCCCAUGUGGGAGAAGUAUUUUCUUUGUUAGCACAUAUACUACUCACAAAAAGUAAUUUUCAAAAUUUCAGGAUAAACACCGUGACAUUAGAGCUGCCCUGCUGUUAUUUUUUUCCUCUCAUUUUAUGUUGUGUUUUUUUUUCUGCGGACGUAAUGCACAAAAACAUGUUUAUGGUCCAUCGAGUGUGUACGUUGCAUUGUGGAAAAAAAAAACCAUGAACUGGGAGCGCACGUCAAACGUAACUUCCGGUUCGCUUCGUUUGAACCUAACAAGCAAAUGCUCAUGCGUUGAUCCUUACAGGAACCAGAAGGUUAUAUUUUACUUUUCCGUUUAUUCUGCAGAAAUAUGCAUGAAGAAUUAAGAAGGAAUAAACACAGAGCGAGACUCUUUACA